AAAAACUGAAAUGUCAUUCGUCAUAUUGAUGACUACGGGAAAAAAUCAAUGAAAUUUAUUGUGUGAUUUUGUGCCACGAAUUGUGACGAAAAAGUUUUAAAUUUUCACUCAGUGUGUUCAGGUGGGUGUACAGAUUGCACUGAACAUUGUGAUUGUGUAGACAGUGUGUGAAAAGUGAGUGAAAUUUGGGAUUUUCUCGAAGGGGCAGAUGUGAGUUGUGUUUCGAAGUGACCGUGGGCUAGAAAAAUUAAGGGGACCCCCGAAAUGGAUGACUCAAGUGACGAAAGUGUGGAUUCAAUGGAUUCCAAGCAGAUGGAGAGGCAGGCAAAACUGGGAUUUAAGCCCCAGAGUGAAAUCUGGUGCAACAAACACCUGCCAUAUGCAGAUAAGUUGGAUGAGGAGUCACAGAAGAUGCUGCAUGAAAUAAAGACUUGCCUGGGCAAGGCUGUAGCCUUGAGAGAAAUGAAUCCGGCCGUUGGGAUCUACACGUCCAAGUUGAUGGCGUACAUAAAAAUGUAUGGAUUAAAAUUCUCCAAGAAAGAUCAUGUAAAAUUCAUAAAGCUCUUCCUCGAAAUGAUUUGCAUUCCAUAUCUAGAGACAACAAAAUUGGGAAAGUUCUGUGUCUUACUUACACAACUAUUUGCAAAACCUCACCUGAUAUCACCAGAUGAUUUGCAAGUGGACUGGCGACCUCUCUAUCACCUCAGUAAAAUAAUAUUGAACAAGAAUUGCAAUAAAGGCAUUAUGUAUCGCUUCUAUUCGAAGAAAGAUAGAAAGUCAGGAGAAAGUACACAAAUGUCGAUGAUUGCCUCAUUGGCACAGCAAUAUGGUUUUGAUCCGACACCUCUUUUGGAUAACAAAAACACGUCUCUGGAAUCAAAUCUACAGUAUGUUAUCCAGUGUUGUGCCUACUACUUUCCCAAGAAUUCCACCAGGGAGAUUCUCGAUGAGCUGUAUCCGCAGCUGGAGCCGCUGGAUACGGGCAAAGAUUGUGUUGUUUUUGAUUUGCUGGGAAUCUUUUUGAAUCCGUAUGAGGGACAUGAAUUGUGGUUGGAGGAUUUUAUGAAAUUGUGGAAUAUGUAUCACAAUCCAUCGUGGAAUGUGGACAUUAUGAAUUUGAUAGCAUCAACGGCAAGUCACAAUAUUGGGCGAAUUGAAUGGGAACCCUAUCUUCCGGUGAUGUUUUCGCGAAUUCUGAGAUCUGUUGAUUUGCCGGUAGUGUAUAAAAAUAUCGGAAGUAGCAGGAGUCAGACUUUGUGGGCAUCGUCAGUGUCAAUGUGGAUUGUUUCGAUAUUGGGACCAAAAUCCACGGGACAGAAGUAUUUGGAUAAAUUUAUGGGGACUAUUGAAUCUUAUCUGCAUCCAGCGAAUUCUGGCAAAUGGGUACACUAUCUCAGUGAUAUUCUUGUGCAGUUGGUGAAGUAUUUUGAGGGGAGAUUAAUUUCUGAGAGAUAUAGAAAGCCAUCGUGGAUGCGUAAGGUUCCGGAGGAGCAUAGAUUGACGGAGGAUUGUGUGACGGCUUUUGUGGUCAGUAUGAAGCCCGUGGCUUUUCAGAUGAUGUACUCUCGGGUUGGAUCAAAUGAUGUGGGUAAGGUGUUUAAGUUGUUGGCGGAUUUGAGACCAGAACUCAUCAUUCCGGGUGUUAUUGAGAGGGUCUAUGCAACGUUGGAUUCUCUAACUGAACCCCAUAAAUUAACAGCUGCUCUGCAGUGUUUUGUGAGUGUAGCCAGACCUUUGGUGUCUGGACAUAAUGGCUAUACUGAGGGUCGUACCCAUGUGAUACCCAUUUUAAUGGCUACACUGCCGGGAAUUGAUCCCAAUGAUUUCAAAAAGACAUCAGUUGUCCUCCAAUUUCUCACAUCUUUUGCUCUUAUGGUGCCCAUUGUCGAUUGCAGUAAGGCUUGUUUGUACUACAAUGAUCUUACGGAAGAGGAGAGAUUGAUAUGUGAACAAUCGGCUGAUCUAGGGGAUUUUGUUUUGCAAUUCCUAGAGAAGAUUUUCAUUUUGAUUGAUUCGAGUUCGGUGGAAUCUAUAAGGAUGGAACAAUCGGAUUCGGAUAAUAUAAGAUCAAAGAUGGAAGCUGUAGCUGAAGCUCUUAUUCAAUCUAGUGCUCAUGGGAUUUUGGCGCAGUGUUCGGAGGAGAUUAAGAAAUCAGCUGCCCGGAAGGUUGAAUUGUUCAUAAAGUCUCAUUUGUUUGAGCCAAAAGUCGCUGGUUUGUUGGCGGGAUGUUUGGUGAGGGUGAUGUCACGUGUUAGCGGAGACUUUUUUCUACGAUCCAUUGUGCCUUAUUUGAUUGAGACACUGCAGAAGUACUUUAGUGAUCAUGAAGAUAUUGCUGGUGUUGAGAAGCAGAGUGAUGAAGUGCAGUACUAUUUGAUAUUGCUGAUGAAUACAAUGAGAGGUGAUCCGCGUCAAUUUGUUCACUAUAUCGAUGAUAUUAUUCCGAUUAUUGAUCAAGUGAGCCGGUUUAAGUGCAAAUUGGCCAAUAAAAAGGCUGGAAGUAUGAUUUUGAAUAUAAUGAGCAAUGUAGGAACAUUGCAAACGCUAGAUAUUCUCAGUAGCCCGGAAAUUGUGACAAAACCCCUAGCGGAAUUUUUGCCAAUUAGACAUUGGGGUGAAAAGAUGAAGCCACAUGAUAGGAUUGCGUGGUAUAUGCCAGAUGAAGAUUGUCGGAAGGUUUGUGAAAAAUUAAUUCAUCGGUAUUUACCGCCAAUUCUUGAGGCAUUUGAGAAGCACAUUAGUGGUGAGAUUACAUUGGAUAGAGAUGAGAUCUUGAGGGAUGUUUCUAUGGUAACUUCACUGAUAAGGUGCAAUAAUUUUCUGCCUGUGUGGAAGACCGAAGAACCGAUGAAGUUGGUGGAUUCGUCAAUUGAUGGGUAUACAGCUGAUGUAACCCUGGGAUUUGAUGAUUUGGUAAUAACCAUGCCAGAUGGACGUAAUGUUCGGUUGGCUAUCAUUGAAACUCUGUCGAGAUUGCAAAAGAAAAUUCUCGAGUGUUCAGAGGAUGAUAUAAAAUCCCUGAGGGCUAUUGUAAGCCUUUGGGAUAAAGUGCAUAUGAGUAGGCACUAUAAUACGGUUUUCGAUACGCAAAUGAAGAAUUAUAUGGCCACAAAGCAUUUUCAGAAUUACAAAUUAACACUACAUAGGAGAAAUUUAAGAGCUGUAACUGCCAUGAGGGUGUUAAUGCAGCAAGAUUGUCGUGAUGAGUUGAGAAGAGCACGUUUUACGGCAACACAUCGGGAGAUCAUGUUAAAUCUCCUUACCCUAUCAACAUCCAACUACAGCACAAUACGAUCAAUGGCACAGGGACGACUAUUCAGUCUCUUUUCCAUCUAUGCCUUUUCCUAUCGGUGCAUUUUGGAUGAAUUGGUGGGAUACUUGAAAUUGGAUUCCAAUGAGCACCAUGAGAGCUUCAAGGGGGCUCUGUACAUCCUCAACGGACAGAGACGGAUGCGUCUGAUAGUGAAGCAUGAUUGGGAGUGUGUGGAGAAAUUGUGGUUGUCAUUGCUACAGUCAAAAUUGUCGGAGAAGCCAUCGGUGGUGAAACUUCUCGAUAUGGCCAUUGAUGCUAUCAACAAUGAAUUUCCCACAUUAAAUAUUGAACUUACAAUUCCCAACAAGUGCAUUGACUAUGCUCUCGAUAUACUCCCAAAGGAUGUUUCGCUGUCCGAGGAGGAUAUCAGAUUGGGUCAGGUUAAACUGUUGAAUCGCAAUGGGGAGAAUAGGUGUAAGUACAUCAAUAUUCUCAAUGCUAUUGUGCAAACAGUCAAAGAUAAUUCUUUGCACUGGCGUUACAAUCUCAUGGCCAGUUUGAUGAUUUUCAAUUUGGUGCAUCCGGAAACCAAGUAUCCAGAAAUUGUGGCAAGAUAUGUGGUAAAUAAUCUCAUCAAUGAUUCACUGGAGGAGAGAAAAAUUGCUGUACGCACAAUGACUUUUAUUAUGACACAGCAGAAGCCACAGCAUAAAAAAAUCACCGUCAAUCCUUUCAGUAUCUCCGGCACGGAACCCAAGAUAAAACUCCUACCGGGUUUACGUGCGGACAAUGCAUGGUUGCAGUAUGACAUCGAAAGAGCACCCAAGAGUCAAGCUGACUGGGAUGAACCACGUUUUAUUCAUCGUGGUCAGGGAUAUUUUGGCUGGAAGCCAGUCUUUCAGCUCUAUGCCCCAAGUGCUGAACAACCCAAUCUUGAUCGUUCUGAAAGCGAUAUGAAUGACACAGAAAUCGUCAUUUAUAAAUUCUUCAUGGAUCCGGAUAAUGUGGAAAAACUCGUGACAUUUUGGUCAUUGGAGGAGAAAAAGGGCAAAGAUAAAUUCAAUAGAUCAAGAUUUUUUCUCAUGAAGAGUCUCUGUUCAUCCUUUGGGGAUGCUUUCCUUGAUUCAUUCCUCAGCCACCUGCCGCGUCUUAUUGCUGGCAAAGAGUGCGAAAGUAAUCACAGAUGUGCUGCAGAAAUUAUGGCAGGUUUGAUGAAGGGUACCAAACACUGGCCAUAUGACAAAGCACGCAAACUCUUUGAGACACUGCAACCACUGAUCCGUGAGGCACUGAGUCAUGUGACAAAUGAAACAGAUGCUUUUUGGGGAACGUGUUUUGCCACAGCAGCAGAAAUGAUUGAUCCCAUGAGACAAUUUUGGCUCUAUGAAGUUCUCCUGGAGAAUCCUCUGAGAGAAUCCACGAGUUUCAUUGACUGCAGCAGAAUAUAUUGUCUCCAGGGUCCAUUCAAUCAGCAUGUCUGGCGAAUGAAUACCAUUGCUAAGAGGCUGUUGGAGUAUUUGCGUCCGUAUUUUGUGCAUCCUUUUCAGAAUGUCCGGGAGAGGCUAGGUAGUAUUCUUAUUAACAUCUUUGAGGCUGAUCUCACAUUUCCCGGAGGAAAUGAGCCUCAGUGUCCGCGGAUGAAGGACUUCAUCCAGGAUAUUUUACCUCAGCUCCAGAUUCUCUACAAUGACUACCCAAAAAUUGUUCUCAAAAGCAAAACGGAAUCCAAUGAGGAUCAAGCAUCAAGUGAGGAGGGAAUUGGGGAUGAUGCUGGAGCCAAUGAGACGACCAAACAAGUUGAUACUGAUUUUGAAGUGGCUGUGAGACUUUUUAAGACAAUAUCGCAUUGGAUAAUUGGUGUACUGAAUAGGACAACGAAUGGCAAUCAGCCUGAAUAUUUUGAAUUGUUGCCCUUUGCCUGUCGUCUGGAGAAGUGUGAGCAAGAUAGUGAACUUCAGGUGAUUUGCACAUCACUUCUGGCCAUGCUGUCUCAGGCACUAACACUGCCGGAUUGCAUGGGGGCUAGUCUGGCUAAGAUUAACGAUGUGUCGAGGAUGAGUUCAUGGUCAGCUCGAUUGGCUGUGGUGGAUGUGCUUCAGGUGUUGGUGUUUAACAAUAUGUCAAUUGUGUUGAGUCGUCUAGAAUGGGUAGAUACAGUGCAGGAAAUUGUGUUGCGUCUGCUUGAGGAUACGGUGCUAGAAGUGCGCGAGAAGGCAGCUCAGGUGCUUGGAGGAUUGCUCCAUUGCUCCUUUUUGCCAGCCACGGACAAAUUGUUGGAGUUAUUUAAGAAGAAAUGUCGUACGAAAGUGGUAAAGAGUUCACGAAGAGUUGUACCGGCAACUUGUGCUGUUGAGGCCCUAGCGGAGGCAUCUAUUGCAGAAUCGAGGGAGGCAAAUGCUGUGCGUGUGAGGCAUACUGGAGUUUUGGGACUCUGUGCCUUCAUCUCAGCAUAUCCCUAUGAUAUACCUGACUUUGUGCCAGAUGUUUUUGAACACCUUGGAGCACAUCUCAAUGAUCCUCAACCUAUUCCGUCAACAAUAAGAAAGACAGUUGGUGAUUUUAAAAGGACACACCAUGAUAACUGGGCAACACAUCAGUUAAAAUUUACUGAAGAUCAGUUAGCUGUUUUGAGUGAUUUAACUGUUCCACCUUCAUACUAUGCCUAAGGGUAGUUUGGUCCGUAAUGUAAAUGAGCUGGAAAAAUUGUUAAUAAUUUUCGGGUCAUAAGGGUUAAAAAAAAGGAAUAAAAUUAAAUUAAGUGUCAGGCUGAAAGAGAUGAGAAGUGGAAUUUUGGAUGCAAUAACUUGCUGACAAUUUCUCUGUUUUCUAGACACUUUCUUUCUGCUUGAUAAAAAUUAAGAUUUAGAUAGUGAUAAAAAUUAGACGAAAUGGAAUAAAAUAUGACGAAAUGGUUUUUUUUUUUUGAAAAAAUACAAUAAUAUAUUUUAAAUAAAAUAAAAUUGUUCAUGAUUUAACA